GAAUUCCGCGCGCUGCCGGUGGCGUUGUGUUCGGGCUCGUGCUCACCCGUGUCGUAUCUCCCGCCAUUUUUUUUUUAUCCUGUUUAACCUGACGUUCUUUUUUUUCUCUCGUUAGUUUUUUUUUCUUUAAACCCAACACGUCCAUCUUGAAGGGGUCACGAGCGUCUACGUCGUGUCGUGGACGGGAAGAAUAAUAGCAUUCGUCACGCUCUGAAGGCCAAAGUGCAUGCUGGGAAUUUUUUUAGAAAGCGCGCCAUAGUGAUCCUUGUGCCGGGACCGAGACCGGGAGAAAGCUGCUAGCUUCCGUUACAACUUUUGGGUGACGUUUAUUUUCAGCGCGAUUGUCUAUAAAUCUGUCGGAUCUUGACACGCUAUGUCCCAACCGGCUCUUUUAACCGGAGGAGAACCGAGGAGACGACAUUGCUAAUCUCAGUCAUUGUUAUUUAGCCGAAGCUAAGCUAAGCUAACUCGAGCUUAGCUUUGAUGCUAGCUAGGCGUUAAAUGUCGAGGAAAAAGCGCUUUGUGUGAAUUCUGUCUCGAUUCUCGGAUUACAUGUUCGUACUGGCGCUGAUUUUAGCCUAAAGCUUUACAUCACGCCGAAGUUUAUUUGUGUAUAAACAGUCAUAAUGGCGCCGCUGCUGGGCCGGAAGCCGUACCCGCUGUCUAAGGCGCCAGCAGAGCCGCCGGGCCCCGGGGAGCAGCUCUACAUCAUCCCGCACACCAAAGAGGCCUUCAUCAACAAAGAAGAGUAUGAGGCCCGAAUGCAGAAAUACAGUGAACGGAUCUGGACAUGCAAAAGCACCGGUAGCUGUCAGCUCACGCACCUGGAGGCUUGGGAGGAAGAGCAGGAAGUCACUGAGCUGCUGCAAGAGGAAUACCCUGUGUGGUUUGAGAAACCAGUUUUGGAAAUUGUACACCAUAACACGGUGUCUCUGGACAAACUGGUGGAUCUGGCCUGGCUGGAGAUCCUUACUAAAUAUGCUGUAGAUGAAGAGUGUGACUUCCUGGUUGGAAAGGAUAAAAGUUUGCGAGUGAAGGUGGUGAAAAUUCAUCCUUUGGAAAAGGUUCAGGAGGACCAGACUCAAAAGAAGAUAGAGGGAGCAUGUGACUCCCCCUCUAGUGACAAGGAGAAUGCCAGCCAAGAAAACCAAAAGAAGGAGCAGCUUAAAGAAGAGAACAACAGGCACGAGAGCCUUUGUGAUCGGGCACGUCGCUCACCCAGAAAACUCCCCACCACAAUGAAGGAGGAGAAGAAGAAAUGGGUGAUGCCUAAAUUUCUGCCCCACAAAUAUGAUGUGAAGCUCCUCGAUGAAGAAAAAGUUAUCAGUAAUGUCCCAGUUGACAGCCUCUUCAGAACAGAAAGACCUCCCAAUAAAGAGAUCAUGCGCUACUUCAUCAGACACUUUGCUCUCAGACUUGGCAUGGGAGAAAGCGCCCCCUGGGUGGUAGAGGACGAACUGGUCAAAAAAUUCAACUUACCCAGCAAAUUCAGUGACUUUCUCUUAGACCCACAUAAGUUUUUAGCAGAAAAUCCAUCAUCCAAGAGAAAGAGUCUCAGUUCACCGGAAGGAAAACCGAGCAAGAAGAUGAAGAUUCAGGGCUCAGAGACAGGAGUGGACACAAUUGGUGUAAAUGAAAAAGGAGAGAAGGAGAAAAAGCGGAAGAAAAAGCAAAACUCUCAAAACAUGCCUCUGAGUCCAACUCUCUGGGCCAACAUGCAGGUGAAGAACCUGAACGGAUCUCCACUAAAGGUCAAGAAUUCUGGCACAACCAAGAAAACCGAUGCCAAGAAGAAUCACAAAAGCAGCGGAAACAAAACUAACAGCCAGAAAGCCUCAAAAAAAGAUGAAAAGUCCUCUAAGAAGCCUAGAAUGAAACAGAUGACACUGCUAGAUCUAGCAAAGAGUCCCAAUGCUGCUGGAAGUCCUAAAAAGAGAGCUCGGAGUACCGGGCCUGGCACUCCAAAGCUGGGCAAACCUCUGCCUCCCAUGGCUCUGCAUCUGCUGCGCUUUUAUAAGGAGAAUAAAGGCAAAGAGGACAAGAAGAGCACACUCUCUUCGAUAGUGAGCAGGGCAGCAAAGACCUUGUCGGCAGAGGACCGUGGACGCCUCCCAGAUGAACUGAAGGAGAUGGUACAGAAGCGCUGGGAGAGACUGGAGCACAGGCGGCGCUGGGCCCUCAUGAGUGAGGAGGAGAGACAAGAAGCGUUGCGUAAAAAGCGGGAGGAGUUGAAAGAGAAGCUGCGUGAAAAGGCAAAGGAGCGACGCGAGAAGGAAUUACAGCUGAGGCGUGAACAGCAGCGGCGUUUUGAGGACCAGGAGCUCACAGGCAAGAGCCUGCCCACGUUCCGACUGGUGGACAUGCCCGAGGGUCUGCCCAAUGCUCUGUUUGGUGACAUAGCUAUGGUUGCAGACUUUCUCAGCUGUUACUCUGAGCUGCUGUUGCCUGACAAGCAGUACCCUAUCACGGCACAGUCACUUAUGGAGGCACUGGCAGGUGACAAGGGAGGGUUUCUUUACUUGAAUCGUGUACUGGUGGUGCUGCUACAGACAUUGAUGCAGGAUGAACUGGCUGAGGCCUACAGUGAGCUGGACAUGCCUCUCUCUGAAAUCCCACUGACAAUGCACUCUGCAUCAGAGCUAGCACGCCUGUGUCUUCGACCAAAUGACGUGCAGAGCGGCGAGAGCGCGCGUGACUCUGACGACUGGCACAACGGAGGCUGCUGUGAUGAUGUCCUGAGUGCUGAGCUCCUGGAACGGCUAGAGACAACCGAGGUGUUUGAGCUAGCACAGGCUGAGAAGGUCAGUUUGCUGGUGGCUCUGUGCCAUCGCAUCCUUAUGACCUACUCUUUGGAGGAUCACAUGGAAUCAGCACAACACCGUUCUUCUGAGCUCUGGAAAGAACGCAUUGCCACACUCAAGGAGGCCAACGUGCGCCGUAAGGCCGAGAAGCAAAAACGCAAGGAGCAGAUGGAGUCUAAAACACAGGACAUGGCUGGUAAAAAAGAGAAAAAGAAGGAAACCAAUGACAAGGAUAUGGACGUGUCCCAAGUGAAGGCAGAGCCCGAAGACAUGAUCAGCACAGUGAAGAGCCGCAGGCUGAUGGCCAUACAGGCCAAAAAAGACAAGGAAGAGCUUGAACGCCAGAACAAAGAGCGCAUGGAGAAAGAAGCCGAGGAGGAGCGGAUCAGGAAACACCGGGCUGCUGUAGAGCGCGCAUUCAACGAGGGCCUCGCUAAGGCCAAACUAGUAUUGAGGAGAACGCCACUCGGCACUGACCGCAGCCACAACCGGUAUUGGCUGUUCUCUGACGUUGUUCCUGGGCUUUACAUAGAAAAAGGCUGGGUGCACGAGAGCAUCGACUACAGCUUUACACUGCCACCAGAGCAGACACAGGGAGAAGAGGUAGAGGAGGAUGAGGAGACAGAGGACGCGGAGAAAGACGAUGUUGCAAGUAUAGCUAGUGUAACUAAUGAGAGUGGCCAGCAGGGGGCUUCAGUUACAGAGACCUGCAUAGAGACAACUGUGCCCAAGCUGGGUCAAAACCUCUGGUUUGUGUGCGACACUCAGAAAGAUCUUGACGAGCUUAUUGAAUGCCUUCACUCACAAGGUGUGCGAGAGAGUGAACUGAAACUGCAGCUGGAAUACAAAUACCAAGAUAUACUACACUCCAUCCACCUGAGCCGGAAGGCCAACACUGGCCUGCGCACCUGUGAUGGCUUCCAAGAGCUCCUCAAAUACCUGCGCAGUGACAUAAUCGAGGUAUCUUCACGCCUGGAGAAGGGUGGGCUCGGCUUAAUGGAAGGCACAGCCAUCUUUGAGGAGCGGGUGCGACACCUGGAAAACCUUAAGGAUUUUGGUGAGUGUGUGAUUGCGUUGCAAGAGAGCGUGGUGAAGAAGUUUCUGCAGGGCUUCAUGGCUCCCAAACAGAAGAAAAAGAAGAAGCAGACAGGGGAAGAGAGUGGAAAGGUUGAGGAAGUGGAUGAGGAGAAGAAAUUGGCUGAGGAGGCUAGGGUGGCAACUGCUGUGGAGAAGUGGAAGUCUUCUAUACGUGAGGCUCAGACAUUCUCACGUAUGCACGUGCUUCUGGGAAUGCUUGAUGCAUGCAUCAAGUGGGACAUGUCGGCGGAGAACGCACGCUGCAAAGUGUGCCGCAAAAAAGUAGGAGAGGAUGAUAAAUUAAUCUUGUGUGAUGAGUGCAACAAAGCCUUCCACCUCUUCUGCCUGAGGCCAGCACUUUAUCGCAUACCUGAAGGGGAAUGGUUGUGCCCGGCCUGCCAACCAACCAUAGCCCGGCGCUGCUCGCGUGGAAGAAACUAUAACGAAGAUACAGAAGAGGAGGAGGAUGAAGAGGACGAAGAGGAAGAUGAGUCGGAGGAGGAUGAAUCUGAGGAUGAGGAGCAGAGGGAUACAGGGCACAGCUUGAGGCCAAGGAAGAAGAUGAAAUCUUUUCUGAGGCCCAAAGUCCAGAGCAAGUCAUCGUCCAAGAAGCAUUCGCCACCAAGUGCCAAAACUGCAUCUAAAUCUAAAAGUGCUGCCAAGUCACGACCAAACAACCAUGCAGACAUUGACGAACUGGUGCGUCAGAGCUCCAGAACAGGAGGAAAUAAGCAAGCACUGGACCUCGAGAAGUGUGAAGAAAUUCUCCUAAAAUUGAUUAAAUUCCGUUAUAGCUGGCCAUUCAGAGAGCCAGUGUCAGCAGAGGAAGCCGAAGACUACCAGGACAUCAUCAGCACGCCCAUGGACUUCAGCACAAUGCAGAAUAAGUUCAAGUCGUCGCAGUACCGCAGCCCUCAAGACUUUGUUGAGGACAUGAAACUGGUGUUCAGUAAUGCUGAGGAAUACAACCAGCCAGGCAGCAGCGUGCUGCAGUGCAUGAGCCGUACCGAGCAAACGUUUGCUGAGCUGCUUCAUAAGAUCCUACCCGGGGUCAACUACUUGCGCCGCAAAGCACGGAAACGCUACGCUCCUCAACAGGAUGACAACGAGGACCACGAGGAAGACCAAAAGAGGGGGAGGAAGAUACAGAACGGCAAACAAGAACGCUCAGCCUCUAAAAGUCGGGAAGAGAUCAGCAGCCGGUCCACGAGACACAGUGGCAGACAGCGCAGGCAGGAGGAGAGUGAAAGUGAGGAGGAGGAGGAUGACGAAGAGGACAGGGUAAAAAGGAGGAGCACACGGACAGCAGCCUUGUCAAGCCGCAAGGACUACCGAGAACAAGACAGUGACAGUGAGCGAGAGAACAGGAGAACUGGCUUAAGGAAGUCUGGGAGGAGGGCAGGUGACGAAGCAGAGGCAAGCAGCGAUGACGAAUCAAUCGGUCAACGACAUUCCAAGAGGCAAAAACGCUCACUAUAAAAGUCCAGGGUGCUUUCGAGUUUUCUUAUCCUUCCUUUAAUCUUCUACCUCCCUCAAUUCCAAAAGGCAAAGUGGACCCACUCUCACAAACCUCUCAAACUGCCCCAUGUAGAUUUUUUUUUUUUGUUUUGUUUUCUCUUCUUGGCUUCUUAGACUUGAUGUUUAUGUUCAUACUGAUAAAUACUAAAGAAACUGAUUUAUAUUUGUAAGUUGUUUAUUACUGGUGACUUCUUUUUUUCUCAACCAGGAAAUUUAUGAUCUCUGAUGAGAUGAUCUCUGUGAGCUCUUAAAAGGCAAUUUUCAUUUAAAUUUUGGCCUUAAGCCACUUGCUUCAUAUAUAAAUAUAUAAAUAUAUAUAUUAAAAAAAAGGAUUUGUCAUUGGGGUAACUUGACAUCUGUCCUUGUCUCAUUUUGCUGACGUCAGAAUGGCAGGCAGGGCUGCUUAUUAGAGUUGCAGAAGUACCAGGCAGGUUACCUGUGACUGAAUAUUAGUGUCCUACUUUUUCUUUUCUUUUUUUUUUUUUUUAGAAAAUAAACAAAAGAAAUAAAUAAAAAAAAUUUAAAAAAAUAUGCACUAGAUUUGGAACUCCAGCUGUGCUUGUGGUGUACCGAUACUACGCACUAUUUUCUUGGAGACAACCAGCACCGAAAUAAUUAUUUGAAAUUCUUUUUUUUUGUUUGUUUCGUUUUUCAGAGUUAAAAAGUACAUAUGAAUAAAGCAUUUUCUGGAUCUGAAAUCAUGUCUGCUGGAUUCAACUUUAUUUCUGUAAAUCUGAGUUUAGAAUUUAAAAGCACUAUUAUGACAAACGACAAAGCCUCAAUACGUACGGUUGAAGUAAAGUGUCAACUUCAAAUAAAGCCCUUUAUCAUCUUAGUGUUGGUGCACCUUGUGCUCUCUGGAUUUCCUAUUUUAUUUAUAGGGGCAACUUAUCUCCACUUAAGCCUAGCAGAGGAACUCUAGUUUUUUUUUUGUUUGUUUGUUUUUAAUUAUUUUUAUGUUUUUCCUUUAUUCAUUAACACACUCAUUUUCAAAGAUUCGUAAGAUAUCUGUACCAAAUGAUUUGAUUGUGAGAGGGUCAGUGUUGUGCUUAACGUAUUCAUGACUUUUAGCUUUGAUAUUUUAUUUUUAUCAUGAUUGUUGCUCUUUAUUCCUUUUACCCGGUUGAAGCUGAUGUCCUGGGAUUACUGAUCCUCUUUUAUUAAGUAUUUCCAGUUGUGUUUCUGAAGAACUGCCUUGUAGGAGAGAUUCUGAUAAAUAUAGCUAACUCUGCUCUGAAUCAGAUCGUUCUCAAGAGCUCAGGGAUUACAAACAAAUAACCUUGAGGUAGUUGUUUAAAAAAAAAAAAAAAAGAAAGAAAGAAAGAAAAAAAAAAACUUUUAAUGGUGCUGUAAUCCCAGGUACCCAGCAGGUGGCACUCCAGUACAGCAUUUGUGCGCUUAGCAAACAUGCAUCACUUAAGAUGUUCUUUAUGACCUGUUUAUAAAUAAAAAUUUUCAUGUAAUCCCCGCUGUUGUAAUGGACAGAAAAAGAUCAA